UGCCGUACUUUUCCUCUCCGGAAGAAGUUAUUUGACCGGGUGACGUCACUAGAUGCCACAAGAUGGCGGAGUCGGAGGAGGAGGUUGAUGUCUUGGUCCAAAGAGUUGUCAAAGACAUCAACAACGCAUUGAAGAGGAACCCCAACAUAGACGAGAUCGGCCUGAUCCAGUGCCCCGAGGCGCGCUACAACCGCAGCCCCAUCGUGCUGGUGGAGAACAAGCUGGGGGUGGAGAGCUGGUGCGUCAAGUUCCUGCUGCCCUACGUCCACCACAAGCUGCUGCUCUACCGCCAGCGCCGGCACUGGCUGGACCGGGACGCUCUGGUGGACAUCACUUGCACUCUGUUGCUGCUGAAUCCAGACUUCAGCACCGCAUGGAACGUCAGGAAGGAGCUGCUGCAGUGUGGGGCUCUUAACCCAGAACGGGACCUGUACCUGGGCAAGCUGGCCCUCACCAAGUUUCCAAAAAGCCCAGAGACCUGGAUACACAGACGCUGGGUGCUGCACCACAUCCUGCGCCACAAGAGCCCGCAGCCGGGCGGGGCUGAGCCGGAGGGGGCGGAGCCUGGCGAGGGGGGCCCGGCCGAGGCGGAGCGGGGCCGGCACCUGAGCGAGCGCCUGGCCCGCACACUCCACCAGGAGAUGAAGGUGUGCUCGGACGCCGCCGGCCGCUACCCCAGCAACUACAACGCCUGGUCCCACCGCAUCUGGGUGCUGCAGCACCUGGCCAAAGGCAACCUCAAGGUGCUCCACGACGAGCUGUCGUCCACGCGGCCCUGGGUGUCCAUGCACGUGUCUGACCACAGCGGCUUCCACUACCGCCAGUUCCUGCUCAAGGAGCUGCUGGCCGAGCCCAGCCAGCCCCUGCCGGCCGCCCCCGGCGCCCCCCCCCCACAACGGGGAGCUGCCGGGGGCCGGGGCGGCCAGCGAGAAGCGGGCGCCCGGCCUCCUCUGCCAGGAGAUGGAGCUCUGCUCCGACCUGAUUCAGGGGGGGGCAAAAAGCACACAGUGAGCCACAGCGUUUUAUUUGGAGGCCAUUGA